AUGCCGGAAGAUGAAGAAGAUCUCACUCCGGCGCAAGAGCUACUCAUCCACCGCAAUGCUCAAGCAGCAAGCGUGAUUCUCAACUUCUUGAACCCGGAGGAAUUCAACAAGGUUGAUCAACUUGAUGAAGCCAAGGAGAUUUGGGACAUGCUCCGCAUUGCUCAUGAAGGAUCAAGAGGGAUUCGAGAAUCCAAGAUUGAACUUCUUGAAGGGAAGCUAGGGAGGUUCGUGAUGGAAGAUGACGAAACACCUCAAGAGAUGUAUGACCGGAUGAUGGUCAUAGUGAACAAGAUCCAUGGCCUUGGGAGUGAAGACAUGACAGAUCAUGUGGUGGUGAAGCGCUUGCUCCGGGAAAUUUCACCAAGAAAUCCUACCUUGGUGACUUUGAUCCGUGAGUCAAGCGGUUUCAAGAGAAUGACUCCAAGUGACGUGUUCUCAAGUAUCAUCUCGCAUGAACUCUUGGAGGAAGAAGCCAAGGAAGUUAAGAAAUACGCCACCAAUGCCGCUCAAGCCAAGAGCAACGAGGUUGCAUUCAAGGCAAAUAAGACUAACUCCAAGCUUCAAGAAGAGAGCUCAAGUGACUCGGAGAGUGAGGAUGAAGAACUCGCUCUCUUGGUUCACAAAUUCAAGAAAUUCCUCCGCAAGAAGAGCUAUGGGAGAAAGGAUGAGGACCGGUACAAGAGGCAAUCCAAUAAAACAUGUUAUGAGUGCAAGGAGUUUGGUCACUUUAUAGCGAAUUGCCCCAAGCUCGCUAAGAACAAGGAGGGCAACGGCAAGACCAAGUAUUUCAAGAAAAGGCCCAAGAGAGCUCACAUUGGUGAAGAGUGCAAACCCGCUCUCAUUCAUAUCGCUAAACUCAUGAAAGUGCUAGAAGAAAAGGAAGGAUCUCUCGAGCGGCAAGAGGAUCUCUUUAUUCAAGAGAGGAUAAAAAAUGACUCUCUUGAAAAGGUCCUUGCCGGAAGGGAUAAAAAGUUGGUUGAUUUGUCUAAGGAGCUCACGCUAGCAAAUCAAACCAUAACCAAUCUUAAGGAUGUCAAUGAAAUCCUUGAGGAAACUAUUGUGUCCAUGAAUGUGAGGCACAAUGGUCUUGAGAAUGAAAUUGACAAUCUUAAGCACAACCUCUCCAACUCUAAGGACAACACAAUAGUCCAUACUAUUCUUGAUUGUGAGAAAUGUAAAACUAUUGACUUAAGUGUUGUUGACACUAACAAUGCAACUCUCAAAGAGUUGAAGAAAGAAAAUGAGAGGUUAGAGACCUUGGUAAAGUUUGGAUGCAUUCGAACUUACCAAUCCAAGGAUGCUCUCUUCAAGACAAUCACCUCUUAUAACAACAAGGAUAAGAGGGGUCUUGGAUAUUCCCCUGACUCAAAUGCAAGCCCAAAAAGAGUAAUAAUCAAUGGUAAACCAUGUGAUGCAUUUGUGAAGGAAAGAGAGUCAACUGCUGAAGAGGACACAAAAAUUAGCCCUGAGGACAGACAGUCCGAACAGGGCCAGGCAGUCCUACCUGAGUCCUCUGUUCAACAGAGAAGGCACGUCGGAUGGUCCGGCCCGGCUCGGACGGUCCGGUUCGGCCCCUCUGUUCAACAGAGAGGGCAGACCAGACAGUCUGGUCUGGGUCGGUCAGUCCGGUCAGACUUCUCUGUCUGGCAGAAGGGUCCGGCCGGACGGUCCGACCUGAGCUGUCUGCCAGGCAGAGAGUAUCAGCCAGACAGUCUGGUCCUACGGGCCGGACAGUCCGACCCUAGCUGA